CUACACAGGAAGUCAUAUUUAAUUGACAGUGUGAUCAGCCAAUCAGCUGCCACUGAGGCCAGCCGUUUGGCCAAUGGCGGCAGAAUUUCCGCUGGGUGACGUUCCAGCGCUGGAUGCCUUGUCGGCCCCGAUUCGCAGGGGAGGCUUGUCGUUCUGCUGCGAGGCCGGAGAGAUGCCGGGCAUCGAGAAGCUGCCGAUCGAGGAGACUCUGGAAGACAGCCCGCAGACACGUUCGCUACUGGGAGUGUUUGAAGAAGAUGCUGCUGCAGUCUCAAAUUAUACCACCCAACUUUACAAUGCCAUGAAGCGGAUUUACAAUGCACAGAAUGAAUUGAGCACAGCAACACAUCUGACGUCCAAACUGCUCAAGGAAUACAAACAGCAGCAAUUUCCCCUCGGUGGUGAUGAUGAGAUUAUGACCUCCACCCUGCAGCAAUUUGCACAAGUGAUUGAUGAACUCAGUUCCUGCCAUGCUGUUCUUUCAACACAACUAGCAGAUGCCAUGAUGUUUCCCAUUACACAAUUUAAGGAAAAAGAUCUAAAAGAAAUGUUAGCCUUGAAUGAAGUCUUUGCUAUAGCUAGUCAUGAUCAUGACCUGGCUAUUAACAAAUACAGUAGGCUAUCCAAGCGGAGGGAGAAUGAAAAGAUAAAAAUGGAAAUCACUGAAGACUUGUACACAUCCAGAAAAAAGCAGCACCAAACCAUGAUGCACUACUUUAGUGCCCUGAACACUUUACAGUACAAGAAAAAGAUUGCACUUCUAGAACCUCUCCUUGGCUAUAUGCAAGCUCAGAUAAACUUUUUUAAGAUGGGUUCUGAGCACAUGACCCAGCAGCUAGAAGAAUUUCUGACAAAUAUUGGCACUAGUGUGCAGGGUGUCCGAAGGGAAAUGGAGACAGAACAGGAAAUAAUGAAUCAGACUAUUCAGGACUUGGAAGCAGCCAGUGAUUGUUUGUAUGUUCCUGAUCCAGAUACGAAAAUAUUCAAUGUUAACAGAAACUUAACUAGAAAAUCUGGAUAUAUGAAUACAAGAAAUAAAACACGAUUGGUGUCUGCUACCUGGGAGAGACAUUAUUACUUCACCCAAGGUGGGAACUUGAUGCGCCAGGCGCGAGGGGAUGUUGCAGGAGGUCUUGUCAUGGACUUAGACAACUGCACUGUUAUGGCUGUAGAUUCUGAUGACCGAAGAUAUUGCUUUCAAAUUACUGCCUUUGAUGGGAAAAAAUCUGUUAUUGUACAAGCAGAAAGUAAAAAAGAGUGUGAAGAGUGGAUUGCAACAAUCAAUAACAUUUCCAAACGAAUCUACCUUAGUGAGAACCCAGAGGAAUUGGCUGCUCGAGUGAACCAAACUGCUCUGGAAGCUGUUACACCAUCUCCUUCAUUUCAACAGCGUCAUGACAGCUUGAGGUCUACAGUUUUCAAAAUAACAAAAAAAGAAAAGUGCCAGAAGCAACGGUUUGGGCAUCCUGCAUGCCACAAUAGACCUCAUCCCUCACGGACAAACAGUUCCACGUCUCUUGGAUCGGAAUCUCCUGCCCUUUCUACAAUUUCAUUGGAUUCAAUAGUUGCCCCAGAUACACCCAUUCAAUUUGAUAUAAUUUCUCCUGUCAGUGAGGAGUUGUCUAACCUAGCAAAGACGUCAGGACAAUGUACCAGAAGAACAAAUCCAUUUGGAGAGUCUGGGGAAUCAAAAACACAGGACUCUGAAGAAUCAAUUCUUCAUCAGUUGUUCAUUGUGCGAUUCCUUGGUUCAAUGGAAGUUAAAACAGAUGAAACUUCGGAUGUUAUUUAUGAAACAAUGCGUCAGAUCCUUGCAGCCCGUGCUAUACACAACAUUUUUCGGAUGACUGAAUCUCAUUUGCUAGUGACGUGUGACAGUUUGAAGUUAAUUGACCCUCAGACUCAAGUCACACGCUUAAGAUUCCCUUUGCAAAAUGUGGUUCUUUGUGCAACUCACAAAGAGAAUAAACGACUGUUUGGGUUUGUGCUGCAUACGGGAGGAAACAGCACAGGGCGUCCAGUCUCUAUUUGCUACGUCUUUGAAUCAAACAAUGAAGGAGAGAAGAUGUGUGAUUCCGUUGGACUGGCAAAACAAAUUGCCCUCCAUUCAGAAAUGGAUCGGCGAACCACAGACAAACAGAAGGAACUUGACCGAGAGAAGCAAAGACAAUUGAAGGAACUUAACAAGCAAAAGCAAAUUGAGAAGGAUUUAGAAGAACAAAGCCGUCUAAUAGCUGCUUCUAGUCGGUCAAACCAGACUUCUGGUGAAGGCCAGUUUCUGACAUUGGGCAACAACAACCAAACAGAAGACAGUGACAAGGGGGAUGAUGGGAAGAAGAAAAAAGAAUCAGAAGCCUGAAUUCAUGAACUCCAGACAAUGCAGUGAAUUGCUUUCUGUGGAACACAGUUUAUAAACCUCAAUCUGACACACUACUGGAAAUUGGAGAUAGUAAACAGGCUAGUAACAUAAAUUGCUGCUUCUAAAAUAAUUGAACAGAAUUUAUAAAAUAUUAUAAGCCAAUCUAUUAUGUAAUAUUUUGAUUUCAAUUUUGUGAAGUCAAAGUUGAACGCAAUUUGAACUGAUUACCUUUUGUUCACCGAGAAUUAAGAUUAACCUUUGUGCCAGAUUCAGUAUUUUGUGUAAAGUAUAAUUUACAUUAUGAACUUAAUGUUAAAGAUCAAGUUAUUAGUAGUACCAAAAAUGGUUAAACCUUUUAGGAACAUUGAAAUCGCAAACAACAGGAAUUCUGCAGAUGCUGGAAAUUCAAGCAACGCACAUAAAAGUUGCUGGUGAACGCAGCAGGACAGGCAGCAUCUCCAGGAAGAGGUACAGUCGACGGUUCAGUCCUGACGAAGGGUCUCGGCCUGAAACAUCGACUGCACCUCUUCCUAGAGAUGCUGCCUGGCCUGCUGUGUUCACCAGCAACUUUUAUGUGUGUUGCAGGAACAUUGAAAUGCUUUGUUUCUCUAAAUGUCACAUGAUAUUCCUCAUACUUUGUAGAGAUUAUCUUUUGCAGCUGUGAAAUGAAUGAGGGGCACGAAAUAAUGUGGUUGAACUUCACUGUAGUUGUGCCUCAGACUUGUCACACUGCUCUUCCAUAUGUAGUGUUUAACUGAAGCAGUGACGGAUAACUGAUUUUCUUUUGCACGUAUAUGGUGUGGUAUAAUGAAUUUGCGGCUGAUUUUUUUUGUGUUUUGUAAAAUUGCUAUCAAUAAGGUGGGUUGAUUUUUUAUUUGAUGUUACUAUAACACUUGCCUGUAACCAAAUGCAUGUCCCUUAUAUUAAGGUCCAAAUGGCUCAUUUUGUAUGUACUAUGGAACUACUUUCAGAUUUUAAAGGUAAAAGAAUUAUGUCUUUUCGUCUAUUGACUGCAAUACAGUAACUAUAAAAUUAUUGUUUUUUACAUUCGCUCUUAACUGGCUUAACUAUAGAGUUAAUUUAAGCAUUAGUACAUUAUGUAAAAUUUUCAGAAUUAAACCAAAAAAAAAACAAAAUUGUUUAAAAAUAAUCAUAGACUCUGUAUUCAUUUUGAAAGGGAAACUUACAAAGUAAACACAAACCAUUGCACUUUGUUUUAGAAUAUGGCACAUAUAAACUGUAAAAUUAAUGAGUGAGGUUUUUGUGUAAACUUCAAACUGUUAAAAAGAGAUCUAUUUUAAAGUUACAAAAUUCUUUUUUUUAAAAAAAACCUUUUUUCCUUGGUGAGUUUAACAGUAACAAAUUAGAAAAUAGCAUCCACUAAAAAUUAAAUGGACAAAAUAAUUCUUUUAAAACUAAUAAUUAAAUGGGAUCAAUGCCUUUUUUAGACUUGUUUCUGAUGCACUGCAUAAGUAAAUGAUUUAAAAAAACUUAAGUGUAAGUUUAAUUAUUCCUGGUAACUUUGGCAUUUAUCUGUGUGAUAAUAUUUUCUAAAAGUCCACAUUUUGUAAAAUGAAGUGUACAUAGAGCAAAUGGCAAUAAAA